AGUAUCCAAUUCUUCUUCUUUUUUUUCCUGAAAAUACUCUUUUUUUCUUUUUCUUUUCCCACUCACUGAGCGACAAAAGCACACACAUUCACAGCUAAUCACGCUCUCUCUCAAUUAUUUGAUGUAUUGAUGAUGAUGAUUGUCACUUAAACAAUUGGUAGGAGUUGCCCUGCAAGUUAAGGGACCGACCAAAUAGGGCGAACAAGCCCACCAGUGAAGGAAGGAGUGUAGUCCUAACUCACACUCAUGAAUUUGAAGCUUGUCACAUGUAAUGCAAUGCCGCCGGCGGCAGCAGCAGCAGCAGCAGCGGCGGUGCUUUUCUGUUCAUUGAUUAUCUCUGUCACAUCAUCUGUUUCAUAUGACAACAGGGCUUUAACUAUAAAUGGCAAGCAGAGGAUUCUUAUCUCCGGAUCUAUUCACUACCCUAGAAGCACCCCUGAGAUGUGGCCAGAUCUUAUUCAUAAAGCAAAAGAAGGAGGGAUUGAUGUAAUUCAGACAUAUGUUUUCUGGAAUGGGCAUGAGCCCCAACAAGACAAUUAUUACUUUGAGGAAAGAUAUGAUUUAGUCAAGUUCAUCAAGCUGAUCAAAGAAGCAGGUCUUUAUGCCCACCUCAGAAUUGGUCCCUAUGCUUGUGCUGAAUGGAAUUUUGGAGGUUUUCCUGUUUGGCUAAAGUAUGUUCCUGGCAUCAGCUUUCGAACAGAUAAUGAGCCUUUCAAGGCUGCAAUGGAAAAAUUCACUAAGAAGAUAGUGGAUAUGAUGAAAGAUGAAGAGCUCUAUGAGUCACAGGGUGGCCCUAUAAUUCUGUCGCAGAUAGAAAAUGAAUACGGUCCCAUGGAGUAUGAAAUUGGGGCGCCUGGUGUAGAAUACACGAAAUGGGCAGCAGAGAUGGCGGUGGGGCUAGAGACUGGUGUGCCCUGGGUAAUGUGCAAGCAAGAUGAUGCACCUGAUCCUGUUAUUAACACUUGCAAUGGAUUUUAUUGUGACUAUUUCUCACCAAAUAAAGCUUAUAAACCCAAGAUAUGGACCGAAGCUUGGACUGGCUGGUUCACCGAAUUUGGAGGUGCAGUCCCAUACAGACCUGCAGAAGAUUUGGCAUUCUCGGUGGCAAGAUUUAUCCAGAACGGAGGAUCUUUCAUUAACUAUUACAUGUAUCAUGGAGGAACGAACUUUGGCAGGACUUCUGGCGGUCCUUUUAUCGCCACCAGCUAUGAUUACGAUGCUCCUCUUGAUGAAUAUGGGCUAUUUCGACAACCUAAAUGGGGACAUCUGAAAGAUCUUCAUAGAGCAAUAAAGCUAUGCGAGCCUGCUAUAUUAGCUAGUGAUCCUGCAAAGAUUUCUCUUGGGAAUUAUCAGGAGGCCCAUGUUUUCAAGUCAAACUCUGGAAGUUGUGCAGCAUUUCUUGCCAACUAUGAUUCACAUUCCUUUGCAAAAGUGGCAUUUGGAGAUAUGCAUUAUAACCUUCCUCCCUGGUCUAUUAGCAUUCUUCCAGAUUGCAGAAACACUGUUUAUAAUACUGCGAGGGUGGGUGCUCAAAGUGCACAAAUGAAGAUGACCCCUGUUGUGUAUGAUGUUGGAUUUUCAUGGCAAUCAUUCAACGAAGAGCCGGCUUCAUAUGACAAUACUUUUACGACGGUUGGAUUGUUGGAGCAGAUAAACAUCACAAGAGAUGUCUCUGAUUAUUUGUGGUAUAUGACAGAUGUCAAGAUCGACGAAGAUGAAGAAUUCUUGAGUAGUGGGAACUAUCCGGUUUUCACGGCCUUAUCUGCUGGUCACGCUAUGCAUGUUUUCAUCAAUGGCCAACUAUCUGGAACUGCGUAUGGAAGUUUAGAAAAUCCAAGAUUGACAUUUAGUGAAGGUGUGAAUCUCAGAGUGGGUGUAAACAAUGUUGCCCUACUAAGCAUUGCUGUUGGUCUCCCGAAUAUUGGUCCACAUUUUGAGACCUGGAAUGCGGGUGUUCUUGGACCGGCUUCAUUGCACGGCCUAAAUGAGGGAAGAAGGGAUUUAUCGUGGCAAAAUUGGUCCUACAAGAUUGGUCUAAAGGGAGAAGAUUUGAGUCUCCAUUCUUUAAGUGGAAGUUCCUCCGUUGAGUGGGUCAUGGGCUCUAUGGUGGCACAGCGACAGUCCCUAACCUGGUAUAAGGCUACUUUCAGUGCUCCAGAUGGAGAGGAGCCUUUGGCAUUGGACAUGAGUACAAUGGGCAAAGGUCAAGUAUGGAUAAAUGGGGAAAGCAUUGGACGAUACUGGCCUGCAUACAAAGCAUCAGGAAAUUGCGGAACCUGUAACUAUACCGGUUGGUUUGACGAGAAGAAAUGUCUGAGUAGUUGUGGAGAGCCUUCACAAAGAUGGUACCAUGUUCCUCGAUCUUGGUUGAAACCAAGUGGGAAUUUGCUGGUUGUGUUUGAGGAAUGGGGUGGAGACCCGUUUGGUAUUACUUUGGUGAAAAGAGAGGUAGGUAGCGUGUGUGCAAAUAUAUUUGAGUGGCAACCCACUUUAGUGAACUGGCAGCUUCUAUCCUCGGGAAAAGUCGAGAAACCUUUGAGACCGAAAGCUCACCUAUCGUGUGCCCCCGGUCAGCACAUCUCAUCAAUCAAAUUUGCUAGCUUUGGAACUCCUGAAGGCUCUUGUGGAGCCUUCACUCAGGGUGGCUGUCAUGCUGUUCAUUCUUACGAUGCCUUUGAAAGGGUAUGCAUUGGGAAUAAUUCAUGCUCUGUUAGGGUAACACCUGAGAUGUUUGGAGGAGAUCCAUGUCCAUCUGUCAUGAAGAGGCUCUCAGUUGAAGCUAUUUGCAGCUAAAAAGCAAAAGCUUUCCCACUAAAUAGAAAAAGAAAACAAACGAAUUCUUCUCAGGGUUGUUGGUUGGACACGAUACAAAUUCUUGAUAACAUUCAGCAAUUGGAUUGGAAUACUAAAUGUUUUGGCUAUCUGCCCGGAUUAACUUGUCCAAAAACACAUACAUGAUAUGAUGACCACUCUUGGAGAGAUACAUCAGUUUCUGAACUUUCAUUUUUUGUUUUUGUUUUUGAAUGUAGUAGUAAUAUACACAACAAAUUAAAGGGACUGGGCAUGCAUGCACAUUGAGACAGCAAAAAAUUGCGUCCAUGUGUUCAUGAUCAUGUAUUCUUUUCGAGGAAAUAUGUUGUCUAGCUAGCUUUCAUCUGUA